UUUGUUUAAUAAAAAUAAUAAUAGUGGAAGUAACGAACGAACAAGUUGUAGAAGAAGAAGACGCGCUUAUAGAAUCCUCCAACAUUGAACCAUUCCCACUCACACAAAUUUUCCACAAUUAUAAAUGCGACCAAAAUUCAUUCAUUCACAUAUUGACAACACCUGACUUUCCAAAAAUGCAUCCACCACAGCAAGGAAAGCCAUCCUACAAUAAGCCACAACCAGCCGCUGCCACAGGUUUCCCGGUCAUCUUCGACAGCGAUCCAUCCAUAUACUCCGACAACCCAUCCUCCAACUACCAGCCGCCACCUCCUCCUCCACCCAAGCCAAUAGUUGAGUGGUCCACCGGUCUUUGUGAUUGCUGUUCUGACCCCGGAAAAAGUUGCAUAACAUUCUGGUGUCCAUGUAUUACUUUUGGGCAAGUUGCGGAAAUCAUUGACAAGGGAUCCACUUCAUGUGGUGCUAGUGGGGCAUUGUACACGUUGAUAUGUUGUGUGAUUGGGUGUGGUUGUUUGUAUUCUUGCUUCUACCGUUCAAAGAUGAGACAACAAUAUGGCUUGAAAGGAAAUGAUUGUACGGAUUGUAUCAUUCAUUGUUUCUGCGAGGCUUGCGCCUUGUGUCAAGAAUAUCGUGAGCUCGAACACCGUGGAUUUAACAUGGUUAUCGGGUGGCAUGGAAAUGUGGAGCAACGGACUCGAGGAAUAGUGAUGGCUUCAGCUGCAGCUACGACUACUGCCCCAACGGUCGAAUUGGGCAUGAGUCGUUGAAGUGACUCAAGACUUAUAUCAUAUGUAUAUGUAGUUGUUAUUGAGACAAGUGUGUUGAUAGUCUUUGUGUUCAUCUCGAAUAUAAUACUAUUAGUGUCUGAAAUAAGUGUGAUUUGUUAUCGUUUUUUCAAAAAGAUAUUGGGUGUAAAAAUUUGCAGUGUUUUGUGUCAUAUUUAGCGCAAAGAAAAAUAUUGCUAAUGUUUAUUAUAUAUUAAACACAUAACACUUUAUUUUUAA